AUGAACCAGUUGCUGGACCUGAGUUCUGACUACGGCCUGAUCUGGUGGGCCGUCUCCUACGUCGUUUUUGUGUCGCUCAACAUUGUCAGGAUUGAGACAACCUUCUGUGUGCAAGCCUUUACUACUGUCGUGUCGGUCUUAAUUCUGGUGGUGUUUUAUAUCGGUGCAGCAACCAAAUUGUCAUAUACGGAGUGGGUGUCGGAUGUCGACUGGGACUAUCCUAGAGGUUGGGACGGUGCUGUAAAAGGGGAUUCUUUUGCAUUGUGGUUCUACUUAGCCAUCGAGGAGUUGCCGCUUGCCGUUGAAGUGACCAUCAACCCAAAACGAGCCAACGAGAUUGACAACAGUUCGUCACCGUUGUUGGCCGGAUACAAAAGCGUCUUUGGUGACAACCGCACGACGUUAGGCUUCUCUUGGGUGCUCGUGCUAGGCCUUAUUGCGAGUUUUCACUCGUUCGUAUUUUGCAUGGGCCAGCUAUUGUACGCUAUUGCUCGUGACGCUCUAUUGGAUUUUCCGUUGUUUUUAGUGCUUCACUAUAUCAUUGGAGACACACGGCUCGGCUCGGUGCUGAUCAACCUUGCACUUAUCGGCGCCGUGAUUUCAUACAGCUUUCAACUGACCUCAUUAAUUCGAAUGCGCAUCAAAGAGCCGAAUAGGGCUCGCCCGGAUUGUAGUCCCUUUGGUAUUCCUGGCGCCAUGGUGCCGAUGAUUUUGUGUGUCGUAGGAAUGGUGUCGAUUAUCUACAGCGGAACAUCCAGCUACGAAUUCCUAGCGUCCAUCAUCGUUGCUAUUCUGUACUUUUCCAUCGGUGCCGUGUACUUCUUUAUGCGGGUGCGGCCACGCAUACAAGCAGCACCAACGCCGAACUUGCGCGAGUACAUGCUGAGUAAUGAAUCGUCAAAGACUCAAUAG